UAUCGGAACGCUCACGUGAUGUGAAACUGUGCCUUUAGACGCCAUCUUGGCUCAGCGCUCGUAAUUACGAGUAGAUAGCGUCAUUCUUCGCGUUAGAUCCGAAAUGACAUCAGUUUCCUGCUUGAGCUUACAGUUGUUCCCUGGUUUCUUCAGGAGUCAUGAACGUCUCUUCGCUGGUGCAGAGGGUAGCAGGGCUCUCUGGAGCUCUUGCUGUCGCAGCAGGUGCAUAUGGAGCUCACGGAUUCAGACACAGUGAAGCGAGUGAUUACCAGAGAGAGUUGUAUGAUACAGCAAACAAGUAUCACAUCUACCACAGUCUGGCAUUGUUAGGAGCUGCGCGCUGUAGAAAACCUGCUCUGGCGGGUGCAAUCCUCCUCGCUGGCAUGGGCUCCUUCUGUGGCCCCCUCUACCACCAGGCCUUAACUAAUGACCCCAGCUUCAGCAAGCUGGCACCAAUUGGAGGCUCAUUGCUUAUUGUUGGCUGGGCUGCGAUGGCUCUUUGAACUCUGACUCCAUUUGGCAGACCUUGACCCUGUUGUUUUAACAUUCUCAGCGAUUAUGUUCUGUUUUGUCAUUUCACCAUGAAAAGAGGAGCAAUAGGGUGACUGAAGAAGAAAGGGGUGGAGAAUUCCACAUCUUAUCUAACCCCUUUUCAGUCAUGUCUGGAAAGUGAUGAUAAGGCCUUGGGAUCAAACAUAAUUCUUUCUCUUUUUUCUCCUCACUGUCACAGGCAUCUUUAUUUUGUCAGCACGGGGGGAAAAAACUUUUGAGAAGCUUUCCUUUGUGGCUUAUUACUGAGAGUGAAUGAGUCACACUCUGGGUUUGUUCGUGUCUUGAAAGUGUAUGUACAUAUACGUUCCCUUUGUUUGAAAAAAUAAAGCUGUCUGCAAAGCUGA